CAGGGUUAUUGCGAAACCCUAAUUUUCUACUUUUUCAAUCGACAUUUUCUACUCGUUCAAUCGACAAUGUGGUUUCGCUCUCUUCGAAAUACAGUAGCUCAGAUCAGGUACUCUAAUGGGUAUUCUUCAAGAAUCAAAGUUUCAUCUUUUCUUCUUACUGUAAAUCCAUCUCCUUUUCUUACCAAGGGUAGUUCUAUAUCCUUCUCUUCCUCUGUAAUUGUUGUUAACACCUCCCAAUUUCACAACCCAUCUUCUAAUUUUUCUACUAUUGUAGCAUCAUACCUAAUAAAUUCAGUUGGAUUAUCAGAAAAUGAAGCUAUUGCUGCUUCCAAGAAAGUUCAUUUCGAAACAACAUCAAAACUAGACUCAGUUCUUAGCCUACUUGAAAGCUAUGGAUUCACUAAGCCCUACAUUUCAAAACUCAUCACCAGAGCACCAUCCAUACUCUCAUCUGAACCAGAGAUAUCCCUUAAAACCCAAUUUGAUUAUUUCAACUCUAAAGGGCUUUCUGGAAUUGACCUCGCCAAGGUCAUCUCUAGUGAACCGCGGAUUCUUAGAUUGAGCUUAACAACCCAAAUAAUCCCAGUAUUUGAUAUCCUGAGGAACAUUGUUCACUGUGAUGAGAAUGUAGUUCUUAUCCUCAGACGCCACUCAUGGAUUCUUUUCGACAAGCGAUGUAUAAAAAACAUGAUGCUCAACAUUGAGCUUUUGAGAAAUGAAGGUGUCCCUCAAUCCAAUAUUUCUAAGUUUCUUAUCUCCCGACCAAGAGCACUUACGAUGAACAGUACUAAAUUCAAGGAGAGUGUAGAAGAGAUUAAGGAUAUGGGAUUCGAUCCCUAUAAAACUACGUAUCUUUUAGCUAUUCAUGUAAUCAAUGGGUUGAGUAAAUCGAAUAGGGAGUCAAGGGUGGCUGUUUACAGGAGAUUCGGUUUGUCUGAAGAACAAAUUCAUCAUGCAUUUAGGUAUCAUCCUUUGUGUAUGAUGACUUCUGAGAAAAAGAUAACCUCGGUAAUGGAUUACCUUGUGAAUCAAAUGGGUUACAGUUCAUCUUAUAUUGCCCAAAACCCCUAUAUUUUUUGUUAUAGCUUGGAGAAGAGAAUUAUACCUAGGUGUUCGGUUUACAAAAUUUUAACUUCCAAAGGACUGGUUAAGAAUCAAUUUUCCUUAACUUCACUUUUGGUAAUCUCUGAGAAGUCUUUCUCAAUGAAGUUUGUCAAAGAGUAUGCUCAAAAAGUUCCACAACUGUCGGAGGUCUACAAAGACAGAUAAACAAAUAACAGCACCGUCAAAGUAAUAAAUUGGGUGGCUGACACACUAUGGAGCCGUCAGAUGGUGACCUUGGAUUUACCAUAAGCUUUUUGAAAAUUAGAUUUAGUAUACGAAUUCCCUUGUGUUUAUUAAUAAACAAUCAACUGUAAACCCCAGUAAUACCUCAGUACCUAAAAAGACUCUUAAUGAUCUUUAUUCUGGCCUAACAAACAGAAAAACUCGAAUUGUCAAAAAAAAAAAAAAAAACACUUGGCUCCUAUAAGGCUGAAGAAAAAAGAUGGGUUGGAACCGAAUGUUGGUUAUAACUGUGUUGGUACACCAAACCCAGAGAAACAUACUUUUGAGUCCACUAUUUGAUCUCCAUUGCUCCCCAUUAAUCUGGAGAUUAUCGCCAUCACUCAUUCAUGUAAGCAAUGGCCGGCAUGCUACUUUCCAGCUUGGGAGUUUCUGUUUGAAGCUUCGUUUAGAUCGACUCCAGUCUCCAUUACGUCUUAUUAAUCUGUGAUGCAGAGCAAUGCUAUUAUUUAUAGUGAAGAAUACCCGUGGAGUUAUAAUGUGUGUCUGUGUUGUGUGUCGCUUUUCAGAAUUUUCUUCUUCAAACACAAAUGAUAAACUGGACAUGCUUUUAUAGUUAUAGACAAUUCUGCAUGAUCUUUCUAUUCUUGCUCACUUUUUUGUCAAGUCUCUAUCCUGUAGCAUAGAUGUUUGUAAUUUCUAUUGUAUAAUCUGUUACGAGGAAAGCAGUUUACAGCAAAACAUAUUAUAGUAUGCACUCAUUAACUGUGUUUU